GGGGGUGGGCCGGUGGGUCAGCUACCUAUUCCCCGCCUUUCCUCUCCCUCCUGGGCCGGCCCCUACCAGUUGCUUGCUUAGCUGCGGGUUGGCUGCAACUUUCUUUUUCCCGGCCAAGGUUCGGGGAGGGGGGAGCGGUGAAGGUGCUGCAGUGAGCGAGCAAAAGCGCCCUCCGCCUCCUGCAGGCGGGACGAGCUUGAGGUGGCGUCCCGUUUUUUCUCGGGGAACGUUCCACGGCGUGGCGCGCGCUCCCCGUCCACCUUCCAUCUGCGUUGGCUUGCGGGGGUCGCGCUCCCCCCCGCGAAAGUUAUUUCUCGCAAAUUGCAGGAAGGCUCCCUCUUUGCAGAACCGCCGCGAUGGCGCCCCGGGAAGAGGAGAUCCGGGCGCUGCUGGAGCGCGCCGGCCAGUCCCACUUGUUGCGCUUCUGGGGCGAGCUGGGACAGGCCCAGCGAGACGCGCUGCUGGAGGAGCUGGCGCUGCUGGACGCCGAGGAGCUGGGCGCGCAUUGCCGGAGGGCGGCGGAGGCCUGCGCGCGGGAGCAAGGGCCGUGCCCAGAAAGGCUGGACGGCCGGAUGGAGCCCAUCCCGCCCGAGUUCUUAGGCAGCGUCCGCAGGAGCGACCGGGGCACUCUGGAGCGGUGGGAGGCAGAAGGCAAGACCCGGAGAGGCUGGACUUUCGGUGGCCCCUUUGGCCGUUUGGGGUUUUAGAGGAGGGAGGAUUAACGAGCGGCUGGAAAGGUGUGGGGCUCCAUCAGAUCUCCCGGAACAAGGUGGGGGUGCUACUUCUGGCCGGAGGGCAAGGGACACGCCUCGGAGUGCCGUACCCCAAGGGCAUGUAUGACGUCGGGCUGCCGAGUCGUAAGACCCUCUAUCAGAUCCAGGCAGAGAGGAUCUGCAGAGUGGAACAGCUGGCUGGAGAGAAGUUUGGAACUCGUUGUACGGUCCCAUGGUACAUUAUGACCAGCGAGUUCACGCUGGGGCCGACAGAGAAAUUCUUCCAGGAGCACAACUAUUUUAACCUGGAGAAGUCGAACGUCGUCAUGUUUGAGCAGCGGAUGUUGCCGGCCGUCACGUUUGACGGGAAGGUGAUCUUGGAAGAGAAGGCCAAGAUUGCCAUGGCACCAGAUGGCAACGGUGGUUUGUACCGUGCCUUGAGGGACAGCAAGAUCUUGGAAGACAUGGAACGGCGCGGCGUCCAAUACGUCCAUGUCUAUUGCGUGGACAACAUCCUUGUCAAAAUGGCAGACCCUGUCUUCAUCGGCUUUUGCGUAGUGAAAGGGGCUGAUUGUGGUGCUAAGGUAGUGGAAAAAGCCUACCCCACAGAACCUGUUGGGGUGGUGUGCUGUGUGGAUGGGGUGUAUCAGGUAGUGGAAUACAGCGAGAUCUCCUUGGAAACGGCGCAGAUGCGAAACCCCGAUGGCUGCUUGAGAUACAGCGCCGGAAAUAUCUGCAAUCAUUUCUUUACUCUUGGCUUCCUUCAGGCUGUUGCAGAGACGUUCGAGCCCCAGCUGAAGCUCCAUGUGGCUGUCAAGAAAGUGCCGUUUGUCGAUGAGGAGGGCAAGCCUGUAAAGCCGUUGAAGCCCAACGGGAUCAAGCUGGAAAAGUUUGUGUUUGAUGUGUUCCGGUUUUCUAAGAAAUUUGUAGCCUUUGAAGUCCAGAGGGAAGAGGAAUUCUCGCCUUUGAAGAAUGCCAACAUCGCUGAGAAAGACACGCCCACCACAGCACGGCGGUCACUCCUCUCCCAGCACUGCCGCUGGGCCUUGAAGGCAGGAGCCAGAUUUGUCAAUAGCAGAGGCCAAAGGAUACCUGAGAAACAAAGUUUAUCAGAAGAUGAAGAACCACCCGCCGUGUGUGAGAUUUCACCACUGGUCUCUUACUUUGGGGAGGGACUAGAAAAGUAUCUGAAAGCCAGAGAUCUCCAGUCACCUUUUCUUCUUGACGAAUGCCGAGCAGAAGCAUUAACAAAGCCUGAAUGAAGAAGACCCAACUUGGAAGACGGUGCUCUGUGACCAUCCUUUCCUUGAAUGUUGCUUAUUUUUAGAAUUUAAAAAAAAAAUCUGAGAAGUGAUCAAGAGCGAUGAGCUAAUUACGUAUACAAUAAUCUAAAGGCAAAGCCUUAAGGUCACACUGUGUCUGGAGCAGGAUGAAGUCUUCUCCUUCCGACCUCGACUGUCCAGACAGCAUUUUUUACAUCCCAAAGGUGUGCUGGUGAAACUGGAAAGAGACGGUCGAGAUAGGAUCCGUCAUCUUUGCAAUGGCCGAGAGGCCUCUCCUGUGUGAAGUUGAAAUUGGGGUGGCCUUGGGGCGGAGUCUUGGCAGCGUUGACAUUCAAAAGAUGUUGCCUACGAGACCAGGGGGGUGGGAGAGUAGCCAAGAGAAGAGAGUCUCCAAAUAAUGCUGAAUGUCUUCCAAACUUUACUAGUGACGGGCGGUGGUUGUUCUUUUGUGUAGUCAGCGGGCAUUAUAUUCUCUCAACGGACCGGAGCUCAGUGACAGAGCAAACAGGAAGGCCCAGGUUCUGUUUUGGACAUCUCCAAAUAAAUGGAUCUUAGGUUAGAUCUGGAGAAAGAUCUCUCUCUGCUUGAGACCCUGGAGAUCUGCUGGUCUGAGUAGACCGCACUCAGCUAAACAUGCCAAUGCUCUGAUUCUGUAGAGAGGAGCUUUACAUAAUCAAAGUUAAAAGCACCACCUUGGGGGAUUGCCCUUGGCUGUCUUGUGGCCAUAUCUCUGGCCUCAUCUUGGAAGCACUGUCCUGAUUGAAGAAGAGACAGUCUCUGAAUUGUGGAGGGGGAGAAAACUGAUGCCCCCUAGGACCUCCCCACCUGUAAACUGUUUCAACAGUGCCCUUGGAACUGAAGCUUCCCUCUUCAUAAAUAUUUUGUCGUGCACUGAAGAGCUUAGUUUCUGUGCCUUUUGACACUGAUAAUGCCUUCUCCAACCUGGUGCCCUCUAGAUGUUGGACUACAAUUACCAUAAUCACUGUCUGGCUGAACUGAUGGAAGUUGGAGUCCAACAACAUUUGAAGGCACCAGGCUGAGGAAAGUAUAUGCUCUGGAGGGAGGUGAUGAAAAUAUUAUACUGUAUGUUUUGUAAUUUUUGCAUAUUAAAGUGCUUCUGAAAGUAGGUUUUGCCUUUAAACUUUUAAAUUGUGUUUUAAAUUGUUUUUAAAAGAUGUGUUUUAAAUUUGUAUAUCUGUUUUCAAUGUUUUUAGUUAAUGUAAACCACCCAGAGAGCUUCGGCUAUGGGGCGGUAUAUAAAUACAAUAAAUAAAAAUAAAUAAAAUAAAUAAAUAAAUUUUGUAAACUGACCUUACUCCUGCACAGAAAUUGCAGCAUCAGAAAAUGCAGCAGAACGGGCUGGAAUGCCAGUGGUAGCAACCACACACAUCAGCUGGCCUGUGCACAGCUUACUGGCCAGGGAGUUUCCUUCGGCAAACACUGAUGCAAUGUAUGUGUGUGGAAGCUACUAUGUACAGGGCUGCUUGUCCUCUGUGCUACAAAAAACCCUGCAGCCAGGCAAUCCAGAUCUGCACCUGUAUAAACAGUGUCAAUUAUGCCACCUUGCAUACCUUACCUAUUUUUGGAUUCUGCUCCUGCUAGUAAUCAAAAGGACGAGGCUCCUGAUUGUUCCUGCCCACUGGAAAUCUUAAUUACCACCUCUCCCUUCAGAGAUAAGCUGAUACUGCUCACAUUUACAACCCUAUUUUGUAAAAGUGUAGACAAUAUCAUCUGAUCUCUUAAAUAGGGAGCUGAGAUUCUCACAAGGCGUAAUGCUGAAAACCAUGCCACAUUCUG